AUUAUAAUUCGAUGAUGUCUGCGUGUCUGCCACCAUAACAAGCUUCGGAUAGCAAGCCCAUGUAAAUGAGUUAAUUUAAUACGUGUACAUAAUAUAUAUUUUUUUAAAUUUAUAUUGAAACGAUGACAGAUAUCAACAAACGGAUAUUUUUGCUUUGUGGCAAACUGAUAACAGGUUGUUUUCCAUCACGUAAUUUUAUAGAAACAAACUAGGUUAAGAAUUUGUGAUCUCAGAGUGCGGGAUGGACAGACACGUGGCCGGACCGUCGUGGCGGCCCCAAGUCAGCUCCCAGGCCUCGCUGCCGUCGACAGUCACCCAGAGAAACAAGCGGAAAAGGCUGUCCCUCGGCCGGCCGCGGAAAUCUAGCACCGGCGUGGUCGAGAAGGACGCUGAAAAGGUUGAUACGGAUGUGGUCGCCGGUCUACGUUCACCGCCCAAGAUUUUCUCCCAAGUCGCUGUCCCCGAGGUGGGGAAACUAGACACCAGUGCUGGCCCCACUGCUGGCGGUGCGGGGAACAGCUUUGAAGGCAGCACGAGGAAGCACUUAGCGGAAGAAGCUCCCGAGUACUGCCCGAUCUGUCAAAUGCCGUUCAAGAACAUUAACAUACUUCCCAGUGUGCAUGCAGCUCAGUGCGAUGUGAAACUGGACGAAUUGCCAGAGUGCAGUAAAGGCGAGAACUGCUCAAGCACGAGUGUGUUCCACUACCGCGACUAUGCGCACAGGGCCGUGGCUACCAGGCGGUCCGUGGCGGUGGCUUGCGAUGGCAUGACAGCAGUUCGUCCUGCCCUCACUGUGCCGGAGGUCAAGAGAAAUCUGAGCUUCGACAGCAGCAACGGCAACAGCAGCUCGACAAAGUCCUUGGGUUGGUUGCAGAACCAGAUACGUUUGAAACAGCCUUCGGUGUUGUGUGCAGAGCCCAUCGAGAUUUCUUCGUCUUCAGAUGUAGGGAUGAAUAAUGUGCCUCCAGAAAAAUUACCCAAAACUACUCUCCCUUCAGAAAACUCUUUUGAUGAUAGUGCGCUUACUGUAGAAAAUUUGUGUGAAAAUGCAUUCAGUCACAUACAGCCAAGCAGAGGUGGCAAUGUCGAGACUUGUAGAGUGCCUUGCGGGGACACGUGUUUCGACGACCUUGAAUUCGACAGUGAUGACAGCUUCGGGAAACCCUUGCGAGCGUCGCUCUCGGUGACUCUGUCCCCGGACAAAAACGGCAAAGUCGCGCUGGAGAGUCCGGUGAAGAUCCAGGUGUCGUGCGGUAGAGAUGGGUGGGACGAGGUGGGCUUCGACUCGUGCGCGGGAGCGAACAUCGGCAGCGUCAAGGUGACCGUGUGCGAGUGCUCGAAGAGCGUGCACGUGGACUGUGUUGUUGGUGACGGUGGCGUCAGCGUCAACCAGUCCAGCUUCAAGCUGUCCACCAUCGGCAAAGGAAGCGCGUCGCUCAGCGCUGCACACGACGGAGCUUCUGGCGACGGGGGCGCUGCACAGAGUGUUAUUGCUAGUCCAUCAUCUUCUAAGACUGUGGCAGAAAGUAGUUCCCACGUAUCCAGUUCAUCAAGCAUGGUACCAGUGGAGAAUGCCACAGAAUACAACAAAGAGAAUGUCGUCGGUGGCAGCAGGAAUGCCUCGGCCAGAGACCAGUGGCAGCGGCUGAUGCCCCGGGCGCGGGACAGGGAGCCUCGGGAGCCUCCUGCCGUUCACGUCGCCGUGUCCGGCAGCUCGGUCAGCACGGGAAGUGUUUACAAGUCCUGCCCACACUACAAGAGAGUUCCGGAUACAUCAUUUGCUGUGGAUGCGUUCAAAAAUGCCCCUUUUCCAGGAAUCACUACGUAUUUUUUGACUCAUUUCCAUGCGGACCAUUACGGCGGCUUAAGGAAGUCUUUCAACCAACCCAUUUACUGCAGCUCAGUCACAGCUGCUCUUGUCAGGCUAAAAUUGCGAGUUGAUGAAAAGUACAUCAGGAAAAUUGAUAUUGACGAAACUCGCUGUAUUUCUGGAGUAUUAGUAACUGCUCUUGAUGCUAAUCAUUGCCCUGGUUCUUUGAUGUUCCUCUUCCAACUGAAGGAUGGCCGAAACUUCCUUCACGUUGGAGAUUUUCGCGCAGAUCCGAAGAUGGAAUCUUAUCCGUGCUUCUGGAACAUCAUGAUCGACAGACUUUACCUUGACACCACGUACUGUCAUCCGAAACACACAUUCCCACCUCAGUAUGAUAUGAUCGCUAAGGUAGUGGACAUUGUAAAUGACCACACCAUUAAGGUUCCAAAAACGUUGAUUGUUUGCGGAACGUACACAAUUGGUAAAGAAAAGGUAUUUAUGGCCAUCGCUGAGUUGCUGGAUUGUAAGUUGUGGGCUCGUGCGGACAAACGAAAAGUCCUGGAAUGCAUACGAGACCCUGACAUCACCAGGAGACUGACGAGCAGUCCAUCAGAUGCGCAAGUUCAUGUCUGUCCGAUGGGUGAUCUCAAUUUUCAGACGAUGUCAUCUUAUUUGAAGCAGUACUCAAGAGUAUAUAAUAAUAUAUUGGCAUUCAAACCUAGUGGUUGGGAGUUACGUGCCAAAGGUGAAGAAGUUACCCGUGUAACUCAAGGAAAUGUUACAAUCUGCGGUGUUCCCUACAGUGAGCAUUCGAGCUUUUGCGAGUUGAAAAGGUUUGUCAAGUUCCUGAAGCCGAAGGAGGUGUUCCCCACUGUCAACUUGUCGUCGCUCGGCACCAUGCAGAAGUACUUCAAGGAGUGGCUCUCGGAGCAGCCGCUGAAGAGGAGGAGCGACGAUGCUCCCGUAGUCCAAACAAAGCUGACAAAGUACAUCGUCAGGCAGACGUCGUCCUUAUGAAAUUACUAACAUUUGUGGAAUCGUGGGGUGCUACACAAAAAAAAAAAUGCAUCACAUUGUGCGCGUGUUAAAUUAUAAGUUUUUAUUUCAAAUUUGAAUAUAUUUUUUUUUACUUAGUGGUACCCUUGCAACAAAAAUAGGGAUAUAUAAAAUUCUUGCUCAAAUAACUAGUCUGUUGGAUUUCUAUUCCAUUUUUGUUGAUUUGCCAUUGUCCUGGAUGGUGAAUGAUAGUGGGGAAAAAAUAAAAAUACCCUUAACCUGGUACAUACGGAUAUUUAGUUUUAAUAGCAAUAUGUUUUUUUUUUACUAUGUAUUAAUAGCUCUGCUGAUUUUGGCAGUUUUUUUAAUUGCAAUUUAAAUUAGGCCUUUGUGAAUACUGUUUUUUUUUUCUCAAUGAAGCGAAUAUCAAAUCAAUUUUUUAAAAUAUUCUCACAGUUGGAUAAUGCAUAAAAUUUUACUUGUACAUUUUUAAAAUAUAUUUUAUAUAAUCUGAAAUGAGCAAAAAAAUUCCCAACAUGGUUUGUGAGCCAUAAGCCUUUGUGCUUAACUCCACCUUCAACUUAAAGUAAUUUACGUAUUUAUUUAUUUUUUCAGUUUUAAUUACAUACAAAGAUUUUGCAGGGAAAUAUGGAAACUUUUCAGCUAGCCUAAAUGCAGAUUUCAGUGUUUAGUGUUAGAGGUGGAAAAAUUAGCAUCAAUUUUUUCCAAAAUUAGCAUUUAUGAUUUUAUAAAUUAGCAUUUCUAAUGCACAUUAUUUAUAACUUAUUAUUUACAUCCUUAAUAUUUGUAAACAAAAUAUUUGUAUAUAGAAAUACCUUUAUUUCAGUUAUGUUUAAAAAAAAUGGAUUUCUAAAUGAAAACAAAAAAAAAUUUAAUGCUUAUUUGUAAUUGGUAUUGCAAUAUUCUAUCAAACAUUAAGUCACAGGCUUAAUUCAUAGAAUAAUACACAAAUAAACUGUAUUAAUUGUGUGAGGCUUAUAUUUUAAAAUUAUUUUGGAUACGUGUAACUGGACUGCAUCACAGACUCAUGGCAGUAUUAUGAAUCAUCGUGGUCAUAAGAACUAGUGUAGAGAAAAAUUAUCAGAAAAUCACCACAUGGUUCAGUUGUAACAUUUUCAAGAGUGCCAAGUAUCUGUAGUACUGUGCUGUGGUCACUACUGUAGUUUCACACUCCCACUAAAGCAAAGUGCAAGAGAGUGCAGGCCUGUUUUGUUUUUACCUUAUUAGAAAAAACAUACACCUUUCUUCUGUGAGAUGAGAAAAUCUGUGGCAUAGAUGGUGGACGUAUUGUUUUUGUGUAUUAACUGAAGUGCUGAUAGUUCUUAAGUGAGAGACAUAAAUUAAAAUAAUAAAAUUGUACAUGCACAUGUGUACUACUAGAAUAACUGCAAAGUAUGAAUAUAAGGUUCAUCAAAUUACAAAGUCUACAAGACAGUGUGAAAAGUUACAUUUGGUAGAACUAUUUUGAAAACUAUCAAAAAUUAUGUAGCAGUUCUGUGGCAUUUUAUAAAUGAUAGUUUUACAAAUGAAUGACAAUCUAAACUGAUAAGCUAAAAAAAACAUUCAUCUAGAAAAAAAGCUAAAAUAGAAUUUAUGUUGAAAAUAAGCCAAAAAAUAGAAUCUAAAGUGUAAAUAAGCGAGAAGAAAAAGCAUUUAAAGCAAAAUGCAAAUUUUUCCAGCACCUAUUUUGGGAAUUUGUGAUUUUAAGCUGAGGUGAAGUGAGAAUAAAAGAAGAAAAAAUCCUGUGUUAGUACAGCUGAGAUAUGAGCAAGACAGUAAGUAGAAUCAACAUAAGCUCAUUAUCUUUCUGAUCUUUAAUCGAAAAUUCUCUCUUGUAACGAGUUGCUGUACUGUGUAUAGUGCUAUCGAGGGUUGAGUACGUGCUGUGACCGACUUGUACCAAAAUCAUCUGACCAGCUUACAGUCUUUAAUUAUUAAAACAAACUCAAACUUCAAGCACGCCAUUUAAGAUUAUUGGCCAUUUGAGGAACUUUUUAACUCUCAGAUGAAAUAAUCUCCUUGAGUAUUUUUAAUUAGAGUGGCUGAGUGGACCUAAAGUUUUAUUACACCAAUCCCUCAUUUAGCACAUCUUCAGAUUUCGUGAAUUAAUUUAGUGCAAUGAUAAUUUUACUGCCCCAGUCUUGAAUAGCACGUCUGUAAAUUUCUGUUAGCGCAAAAUCUCCGUAGGCACAAAAAUGUCGGGUCUGACGCCAUGAAGUCUAUUUCAACUUCUGUAAACAACAGAUAUGCCGUGGCAUAGUUAGUCAUACAAGGGGGGAAUAGAUGCGUGCGCAGGUCUGACUAUGCUAUCGGCUGAUGUACAAACAUCAGCUAUGGCAAGUUAAGUAGCGGCUAUGGAGUGUAAAGGACCAAAUGUUUUUACGUCCGCGCAUAUGCCUCCGUGCCAUACUGUUGUCGCCUGGCAACUGACCGGGUCAGCCGUGAUGAACUUCAGUCUAGCCAGUGGCAGGGAACUUGUACAAACACAAGCAACGUCUGCCCAUUCGUCUGCCGGUAACUGUACGUGCGCAAGCACCUGCAGUAGGAAUCACAUUGGAAUCAUGACUUCCAAGUGAGAGCAUAAUGCAUCGUGUUCAAGCGUUUGAGACAAAACUAGAAGUAUUACGGCGUGCAGAAUGUUAUGAAAGCCACACUUAUGUUGGUCGCACUUCGGUUUUAAGCAAGUCAACUGUGCAAAAUAUGGACUCUAUCAAACAUUUAUAUAAGUCUGAUGCUGUUGGUUGUACAAGUGGGAAUAUAUUUGACAUUAGAUACCGAACAGAAAUGAACAGAUGAUUCACAUGGAAAAGGUUGUUAAAUGAAUGGAGCAAUGAAAAAAAUUAACUGGUCUGACAGGAUUGAUGUGUGAACCAAGCAGUGAUACAUGAAUAAGCAAUUUUAAAUUUUGAAUAAUGAAAAUGUAAAUAUCCGGACAGUAAUAUCAUUUUCAUUGCCAGUAAAGGAUGGUUUGGAAAGUUAGCGGAAAGGUAGGCGAUGUGAGUUGAAGGUCACACCCGGACGAGCAAGUCAAUCAGCCAAUUGAUGAUAACUAUCUCCCGUUACACUGUGUUAAAUUUGUCAUACAAAGUAUUCAAUGGUAGGCUUAUAAAGAUAAAUGAUAAUAUUUAUUACGUAUUCAGUGCAAGCGUGGCUCCAGAGGAAGGGCGCAGGGGGCGAUAGCCCCUUCCAAGCCCAAAUUUUACUUCUUAUUUCUUUGUAGGGAAUAUUAAUGUUAACUUAAAUACUUUCGUUAAUGUGCUAAACUCUUAUUUCAAUAAAAAUUUGUACGAAAAUACCAAAUUUCAGUAUUUGAAGACCAUGUAUUUUGUGAAUAUCCCAAGGGCAAUGUCAUGAUUAUUAACUGCAUCCUCCUGUGUGUGAGAGCCCUGCCCGAGAUGUCUUCCUGGAGCCGCCAUUGAUUCAGUGUUAUUCUACACAUUUAUAUUACGUGAAGAAUAUUUCCCUACACAUUUUGGAACACAUUAAGUAAAUAAGCCUUGCUAUUUAUGGAGAUCAGUGCUUCAGAAUACACCUAUCCUUCACUUAGCACGUCUUCAGAUUGCACGGAUUCAUUUAGCGCGAUGUUAAUUUUACUGUCCCAGUCUUGAAAAGCACGUCUCUAAAUUUCAGUUAGUGUGAAAUCUCCACAUGCAAAAAAAAAAAAAAAGUCGGGUACGAUGCCACAAAGUCUGUUUCAACUACUGUGAACAACAGAUGUGCUGUGGGAUACAGUUAGCCAAACAAGGGGGGAAGAGAUACGCGUUCAGGUCUGACUACGAUAUAGGCUGUUGUACAAACAUCAGCUAUGGCAAGUUUAAUUGCAGCUAUGGAGUGUAAAGGACCAAAUGUUUUUACGUCGGCGCAUAUGCCGCGGUGCCGUACCGUUAUCGCCUGGCCACAAACCGGGCCGUGAACUCAGUCUAGCCAGUGACAAGGAAUUCACACAAACAAAACCAACGUCUGCUCAUUCAGCUGCCGGUAACUGUAUGUGCUUGAUCACUCAUAAUGAAUCGUGUUCAAGUAUUUGAGACAAAACUAGAAGUAUUACGGCGCGCAGAUUGACAUGAAGGCCACGCCUAUGUUGGUCGCACUUUAGUUUUAGCAAGUCAACUGUGCGCACAUUUUCUUUUAAAGAUGUUUUUAAACGUUAUAAACUUUAUCCGUUAGCUUGCGUCGCUGCGGUGUACCGUUUGUAAAAAUGUAGCCAGCGCUAGUUGGCAUCAUUCACGUUUGGCUAUGUUGCUUCCCGUAUAGAGUGCGCACACGUAGUCGAAUAUCGAUAUUGAUAUCUCGCUGAUUGCAUGCAACGCGCGUUCUCUGUCUAGUGCCGUGUUAACUACAUUUGAUAGCCUGCAUUAUUUCGUGGUGUGUACUACGAGUUAUGCGUUAGUUAAGGCUCACAUUUGGGUCACAGAUUUUGUUUUUCUAUUUAAAUUUGAAGAAAGGUUUUUGUUGAAUGACUUAUUAAUUUUAAUUGUUUGGCAUGCUUUUUUAUACUCUACUUUUUAAACAAAAGUACUUUCCAUGAAUAGGUUAUGUUUUUAUGAAUAACUUUACCUAACAACAAUUUUUUUUUCCGCAUAAAAAUCGCACCCAUACUUUUGAAACUUGAUUUUAUUAUAAAUUGUGCGACGAUUGUGCGAUAAGACACGGUAAGCACUAUUAAUUUUUUUAAAAAUUAAAAUUUAAUUAUCCGGAAAGUAAUAUCGGUUUCACUGUCAGCAAAGGAUGGUUUGGAAAGGUACGUGACGUGAGUUGAAGGUCACGCCCGGGCGGGCAGCCAGCCGACUGACGAAGUGCGUAACCACGUUUCCCCCGUUACGCUGUGUUAUAUUUGUCAUACAAAGUGCGAUAGGUGUCAUAGAAAGAUUAAUGGUGUGACAUAUUCAUCGCUGAGUGUUAUUCUACGCAUUUAUAUUACGUAAAGUAUAUUUUCCUACACAAUUUUGGAACACAUUAAUUAAAUUAGCCUUGCUAUUUAUGGAAACUAAUGCUUCAGAAUAUGCGAUUUCGAAUAACACAAGCAUUUUUAGGAAUGAUUUAGUCGUGCUAAGUGAGGGAUAGGUGUACGCGAAUUCAGAUAACACAAACAUUUUUAGGAACGCAUUAGUCGUUCUAAGUGAGGGAUUGGUGUUUGCAAUUUUGUUGGACAUUUUUUUUUAGCUAAAUUUAAUGAAGGAUGGUGCAGGAUUUUAACUUCAACACAUUUUUGUAAAUUACUUGAUGCCAAGUACAUUUACCAUGAACUUUUUAAGGUGGCCAGUUUCCGUUCUACCAAUUUUUUGAUUUCCUGAUAGCUGGUCGGUUGACAGGCACAUUGGAGAGAAAGCUGACUAUAUUGUCUUGCGUGAUGGGCUUCAUGCUUUCCAACCCUAACCCUCUCCCAGUCUGUGUUUUUAGGUUUAGUUUUACUUCAUAUUAGGCCUGUGCGAAAACUAGUUUUUUUUAAUGCUAAGUGAAUAUCACAUCAAAUCUUUAAAAUAGUCAGGAAGUCGAAUUGAAUUGUGAAUAUUGUUCUCGGCGAAGCUGUAUUACACUUCAUAUAUAAAAUAUAGAAUAUAAAUUAAAAAAUAGUGUAACAAUUGUAAUGUUUGAACUGAUUAAGUGGUUAACAGAAUGAACCUUAAUACACUCGCGUGCAACUAAAUCGACUCACCCCUCCAGUGUGCACAAAAAUGUGUAUUUUAAAAAAAAAUUUCUUUUCCGAUUUUCACAAAACAUUUUAUUUUUGACAGCCUAAUCUUUAUCUUUGCAUGGACUCCUUUAUCAUUAAAAUUUCAAAUUAACGUGAUCUGAGUGUAAGCAUAGCAAAAUGCGCUCUAUCUGUAACCUCGCGUUGCUCGCUGCAGUAAUCCCAAUUAUUCCGACAUUUCUCAUCAGUCGCUUAUCAGACAUUGACCUGAACACAUCUCUGCAAGUUACAUUCGUUGUUUUCACAAAACCAUGGAUACUAUGCCAGAAGAAGCCUUGUAAGUUGUUGCUUUGUUGCAAGCAGGCUGCAGUCAACUAGAAGUCGCUCAUCAACUGACCUCAAGCCAAUCUGCAGUCUCAGAAGGUUUCAGGGAGCUGGUACCUUCACUCGGAGACCACAUAUCAGCCGGUACCGGAGCACAUCUGAGAGGUACGAUCGCUUUAUCGUCUCAACUUCACUACGAAAUCGCCAUCGCACGGGCGUCAAUGUGCAACGGGGGCUGAGACAAGUUCGAGGAGUAGUCAAUGGACAGUCAGAAGACGCUUGAAGAAAGCCAACCUUACACCAUGAUCGCCGGCUAGAGGCCCAAAAUUGACCACACGUCACCGCCAAGCACGACUCGUAUUUGGUCGGGAAAACGUCAGUUGGAGCAUCGAUCAAUGGCGGGCCAUCACAUGUUCACUGACGAGAGCAGAAUGUCUCCCCAUGGUAGUGACAGGAGAGACCGGGUCUACCAGCGUCCAGGAGAGCAGUGGUUCCUGCGUGAUGUGGGCUGGCAGGUCUUGUUUUCAUACCUGGUGGGGGCCGGGCGGGGAGGUUUGACUGCUGAACGAUACAUCAAGGACGUUCUCCUGAAUCAUGUUGUGCCCUACGCAGGAUAUAUAGGGGAAGAUUUCAUCCUGAUGCAUGACAGUUCCCGGUGUCAUAACGCGCGUUCUACUCGGCAAUUCAUGGAGGAGGUUGGUCUCAAGACGAUGGAGUGGCCAGUCCUCAGUCCCGACAUGAACCCCACUGAGCAUUUACGGGAUGAGUUGAAACGGAGGGUCCGAGCCAGAAAUCAGUCUCCACCUGACAUCACUAGCUGGAGGAGGAGUGGAUCCCCCAAGACUAGGACAAACCCUUAAUAAGGUCUAUGAGGAACCGCAUGCAAGCCAUUGUAAAGGCAAGGGGAGGUAAUAUGAAGUAUUGGUCUAUAAAGUUUUGUUUGUUUUGCUUGAAUGUUUUGUUUUAAUUUAAUUUCAAAUAUCCCCAAAUGAUUUUUCAUAGACCUGCAUUUUGCUUGCAUUUUUAUUCAAAAUCCAUUAUAAAUAAAAAUACUGAAGAAAUUUUUGUAAUAAUGGUGUCAUUGUAAAGUAAAACAUUAGGCUUUCAAAAAAAAUGUUCUGUGAAAAUCAGUUAAGUAAUUAAAAAAAAAAAACUUUUUUGGGCACAUGGGAAGGGUGAGCUGAUUUAGGUGCACGCGAGUGUGUAUAUAUAUUUUCUUUUGAUUUUUGUAAGCUACCAACUUUGUUUAUACAACACAAAAAAUAAAUAAAAAUAUUUUUAUGAGCGAAAGCUUCACAACAGAUGCGAAUAUUGCAUCAGUACCAAAGCUUCAAGUAUAACGAAGUAGCAAGUUUAUGUUGAUAUCAAAUCAAAUAUUAAAAAAAGCAUUGAUUAAUCCCCUUAGUCGAAGCUUUGCACAGGCUAUCUUCAAAUAAUAUUUACUAAAGUUACACAAACCUGUAUUUGUAUGUUUCAGAAAUGGAAAUAAUACCAAUGAAGUACUAAAAUUAUGUAUGAUAACUAUUUAUGAUAACUUGCUGUCUUUGGAAGAGACAGGUCACAAAACCAACUUCAUAUAAAACAUCAAAAACAACACAGAUCACUCAUAUUUUUGACCACAUGGUGGCAUUGAUCAGGAUUAGAGUAGACAGUGCAUGCACAAAGUUCAAAGCAAACGGUCUUUGAUUUCUAUGUGGGUAUGUCUUCACCACUGUUGAUGUAGGCCGCCAUGUCUUUGCAAAUUUUUUUUUUUUUUUGUACCCUGUCUCUUUUAAAAUUUGUACUGCACUAUUGUUAAAAUGUAUAAUUUUAAAUAACUGUAUUAUAAUUCUGAUAUAUUGUUGAAUAUACGUGUUAGUAACAAAAUGCCCUGUUUAGAAUGUGUAUGUUAUUAAUCCUUAUGUCGUAAAAAAAAAAAGUUGGAAAGAACACAAGUAUGAAAAUGUGUCUAUGUGCAUAUAUAUAAAUUAUUAUUAUUGUUAUUAUUAUUACGAGUGGUAAAGAUUGUGUUUGAAUGAUAGCCCAAAUUGUUUUAAUGUAUGUAUGUAUGUUUAUAUAUUAAUAUUUACUCAUGUCUCUUGUUUCAUUACCUUGCUAUGCUUUGCUCUAAAUCUUUAAAAUUCAACUCAGUCCAAAUCUAUCCAAAAAAGUACAUAUGUAUGUUGGACUUGAGAGUAUGUAACUAUGAACAAGUAUAGUAGCUUGAAUGUGUAAACUGUGUGUGUGCCAAAAUUCAAUACUGUAACCAUGAAGUUGUCUUUACACUUGUAGUUUAUACCAGCCAUAUCUUUGAAAGAUAUAAUUACUUUUGAAAAUUUUAAACAGUAGAUAUUAUGUUUAUUCAAGAUUGAAAUUUUAUCAAAUAAAGUACGUAGUUUGUCUCACAUUCAAGUUAUAUGUCUCGCAUUCAUGAUAUAUCUUUAUGUUACUAGUGUUACAAUGUUAAUACUAAUUUUUUACAAAAUUUAAACUGUUAUUGUAAAUUAUUAUUUUAUUCAUUUAGUAAGGACUAAAAAAAUAAGGUCAAAGUUGCUAUGAAAAGAAAAA